AUGGGUAAUCAAAACCUCGGGUAUCCUCUGGAGCCAACUCUCCAGCUUUCGCGCCCUGCAGCUACUGAAAGCAUCUUGCACAUUAUUGAUCUCUUCCUUGACCGACUCCACCCGUCAAUGCCUUUCUUUGAGCGCUCUUACUUAGUCGAUAACAUCCACGCUCAACGCCCAUUGUACGAUCAGUCAUUCAACGCGCUCAUCCAUGCAAUCAGUGCCUUGACCGUCUUCCAGAUGAUGCAAAAAGGAUCGGAACAGCCCAAAUCUCCCGUUCAUAUCGACCAAGCAGAACGGCUGCUCGCAGAAGCCGUGCGAUUACACUCUCAUGCCGACUUUGGCGAAAAUCCAGUUUUGGAGCAUGUCCUCACUAGCGUCUUUUUGUUUGGUUGCCAGUUCUCCAAGGGCAACCAUCACGCUGCCAGAUUUCGGCUUCGAGAAGCAAUUACAUUGGCUGAAACAAUGGGGCUGGAUGAUCCGCAGAUGUAUGAGAAUAUUUCGAGAAAUGAGAAAAAUAGGAGGUUGAGGACAUUUCUUUGUCUGACGGUAAUUCAUCGCGUAUACGCCAUCCAAAGAGACAGCCCCAUAAAUGACUACCUCCUCACCAGCAGCCGCCUCCACAUCGUCCGCACAACCCUAACCCAACUCUCCACCAACUCGGGCCAACCCGACGAAAAAGUCAUCGCAGGCCUCGGCUACAUGGUCGACCUAAUCGACUUUGUCGAUUCCACCUUCGUCAAAUGCUGGCGCAAUCAAUGCUGGAACGACGCAUCCCCCACCCACAUCUCCGCUAAGACCGUUGCUACGCUCUUGCGACGAUACACGCAACCCAUGUCUACGCGCGAAUCCCCAAACGACGCCCAAAGGGCGGAUGUACUGGUCACGAGGCAUUGGAUCUGCCAUAUCCUGUGGGACCUCGGCUCCCGCCACGGGUUCCUGCACGAGGAAAAUGCAGCAGUCCAGAUGCGACCGGAUUACGCAUUAACAAUCGCACACGAUAGUGUCGAGACGUGCGAAUCCCUCGAUAUGAUAUCGCUGGAAUGUCAUGGAGUGGGCCUGGUCGAGAAACUUUACGAUAUCGUUACCAGUGCGAUCAAGGCGACGCAACCGACAGAGGUUGGCUAUGCGAUACCGCAUUUUUCGAGCGAGCCGCUCGGUCAGGAUACAGAUGCCGUGCUAUCGUGGCCAGUGGGGUCGUCGGUAAUCGAGCCUGCUUUAAAUGAGGGAGAAGGGAGCGCGUGGGAUGAGGAGAUAAUAUGUCCAAAAAGUACCCCAUGUUUAGCAGAUUUCGUCAAUCGGUUUCUUGUUAUUUUUGCGUCGUUUCGUGGUGGGAAGCAUCCUUAUUUGAGACCCUAUAUGCGGAUGCUAUGUGAUUUGGAUCUUGUUUGA